CUGUAAACUGAAUAAAAUAGGUCAAGGCCAAGCAGGGUAUUUACAGUGUAUUUUAUCGGAAUUUGCUUUGCUUGCAUUUCAGUUUCUCUUCAAAUACUUCAAGAUUUAAGACAAAGUAAGCGAGGAACAAAAUGGGCUCUAAUAUCAUAGGACUCCCACCGCAUCAUUUUGUGCAUAUUAUUGACUUCAAUACUAAUGUGACGAAACUUGAGGUGGGUCCUAACACUGUUGUGUUACAGUCCAAUGAAAAAUUACAAGCCGGUCCACUUCCCUGCAUUGUUGUACCACCAGCACAUUAUUGCAUUAUUAAGGAUCCAAUGAGCAAUUAUGUCCAUGGAAAAAAGUGUGAAUUGAGGCUGGGAUACUUUGAUGUCAGGUUUCAUGGUGAGCCAUUUCCACUUUAUCCUGGUGAAGUUCUUCAGGGGGCACGUAGUUUUGGCACUUCAGCAUCAGAUACUAAUUAUUCUCAAGCCAUAAAACCCCUCCCAGUGGUAAAAGCAAACCAUGCAAUAAGACUCAAAGCUUUACAGGACUUUGAUGAUGGAGGUGUAGAGAGGAAAGCCGGAGAUAUGUGGCAACUUGAAGGUCCUCUCACAUAUAAACCAACCCCAAAUGCUGAUAUAGUGGGAAUGAUCAAACCCCUUGUAAUUGGCCACAACCAAGCAUUAUUGUUGAGAGCCCAGCAGGGCUUCACAGACAAGGAUGGAAUAGAACAUGUUACAGGAGAAGAAUGGUUGGUUAGAAGACCAGGGGCAUAUUUGCCAGAUGUGUAUGCAGAGGAUGUGGAACUAAGGAAUGCCAUUGUUCUCACGGAGAAUGUGGCUUUGCAUCUGCAGGCAGAUCAAACCUUAGUAGACUCCAUUGGAACAAAAAGACUUGCUGGUGAAGAAUGGCUUAUAACACUCAAAGACACAGAAUCCUAUAUACAAGAUGUGGGAGUGACUGUGAAAGCAUCCAUCAGCAAAACAGUGGUGUCCAGAGGUCAGUAUUGUGUAGUGUUGGAUCCCCAGGAUAAACAUGGCAGAAAUCAGAUGGGCAAGAGGGAGCUUAGGAAGGGAGUGUGCUCAUUUUUUCUGAAGCCAGGAGAAAGGUUGGAGGAUGGAGUCAUCAAACAGUCGUACAUCAUGGGAGAGGAUGAGUCUCUUGUUCUCAAGGCACUUGAUAAAUUUGAGGAUACUGUGGCAGAAACCAAAGUUAAACGUAAACCUGGUGACCGCUGGAUGAUCAAUGGUCCCAUGGAAUACAUCCCUCCCAUUGAUGUGGAAGUUAUGGACAGAAGGAAAGCCAUACCACUGAACAAAAAUGAAGGUGUAUAUGUAAGGAAUGAGGAAACUGGAGAGGUACGCUCUGUGAUGGGACCAUGUGCCUACAUGUUAAAAGCAUAUGAAGUGUUGUGGAACAAGGAGUUGACAGAUUCUGUUGAGUUACUGCUAAAACAUGGAGGUGGUUAUGGAAAGGAAGAUAUCAGGAAAAUUGCAUACUUUGAACAGUCCAUUGACCCAAGCAUGUUAAAGGGUCGUGACAAGACAAGAGUGGUUACUUACAGAUGCCCUGGCAAUACAGCAGUGCAGAUCUAUAAUUACAAGAAGAAGACUGCUCGUGUUAUUUUUGGUCCUGAUCUGGUUGUCCUGGGACCUCAUGAAAAUUUUAAUGUUUUAAGUCUGAGUGCUGGUAAACCUAAGAAACCACAUGCACUGCAAUCUCUCUGUCUGAUGCUGGGACCAGAUUUCAUAACAGAUAUUCUAGAGGUGGAGACAUCUGACCAUGCGCGUCUGUCUGUGAAGAUUGCCUUCAACAACUAUUUUCAGGUUGAAAGGGGAAAUCCCAAGUCGGAGGCCUCCAUAUUUAAUGUGCCUGAUUUUAUAGGAUAUGCAUGCAGUCAGAUUGGAAGCAGAAUUAGAGCUCAGGUUGCUCAGAUCCCAUUCGAUCAAUUUCAUCGCCAUUCGGCCCAAAUAAUCAAAACUGCAGUUUUUGGUUACAACAAAGAAGGAAAUGUUAAUGAAGUGCUGGUAUUUCCAUCUAACAGCAUGGUGGUGACCAAUGUGGACAUACAGAGCAUUGAGCCUGUGGAUGUGAAGAUGAAGGACAGUCUCAGUAAAUCAGUGCAGAUGGCUAUUGAAAUUGCCACAAAGUCCAUUGAGAGGUCAGCAGCUCAUGAAGCCAUGAGAUCAGAGCAGAUAGCAAAGGGGCAAUUGGAACGGCAAAAACUCCAAACUGAAAGAGAGGCAGAGAUCGAAAGAGCAAAGCUGUAUGAAUUGCGCAACAUAGCAGCUGCUGUUGAGUCCACAGGACAGGCCAAGGCAGAGGCCCAGGCUCAGGCAGAGAAGACAUUGAUUGAAGCCCAGAGUGAGAUUGAAGUUGCACAGUUAAAGGCCUUAGCAGAGCAGAUAGAACACAAUGCUCAGCUGCACACACAGGGUAUUCUACGCUCGUCUGAACUCUCUUUCCAAAAAAGCCAGAAUGAGCUGGAGACUUCAAAAGCACGGGAGCUGACAAAUGUUGAAAUCUCCAAGUUUUCCAGCAUUGUUUCAACAUUAGGAGCAGAUACCUUGGCAGCCAUUGCAAACUCCGGACCAGAAACACAGGCCAAAUUGCUGCAGGGCCUGGGGUUGGAAAGCGUUCUUAUCACAGAUGGCAACAGCCCCAUUAAUCUCUUCAACACAGCAGAAGGUCUCAUUGGAGCCACAAAAGGAUAGACACUGAUACCCACAUUACUUAGUUUAUUUGUGCGACAUUCCCUGUGGUAGUACCCCAGUCUAGCCAUUUGGAUUCUGGUUAUAGAAGGCAUUCUGGUUAUAGAACAUCUUCACUCUCUUUUUUGAGCUGUGUUUUAAAAUUCUGAGCCAGACUACUAACAACUUAGACUGCAUUCAGGACAGAGGAUUAAUUUAACUGAUAAAAAACCUAUUCAGAACAGAUGAUCCUCAGAUCUACCGAUCCGCUAACCAAAUAUGGUGGAUCCUACAUGAAAGCAAGAGCACUUAAUCCACGAGGGUUUCACUGCCUCCACAUGCGCCAUUAAAUGGAUUAAAUCUUGGCUCUGAGGUUUAAUUACUAGGCCUCUGCAGGGCUGGUGCAUGUGGUAGGCAGGGAGACCAUUAGGUGAUGAGCUGCAGUGCUUUCAAGUGGGGUUGGCCAUAUUUGAUCUGCAGACCAGUUAGUCGACAGAUCAUCUGUUCUGAAUGUGCCCUUUAAUGCUGGGUACUCUCCACUUCUUAGUUAGCUGUUACAAAACUGGAUGAAAACCCCUGGUAGAGUGGAGUUGCUGGGCUGUGUGUUAUAAUACUCAAGAAGGCCAAUCUGGAAGGAUUCUUGUAUUUCUGUGAAUUAAUACCUGUGAUAAUUGUGCCCAUUAAUUGGCAUAUGCAAUAUAUACUUUUCAGAUGAAGCCAAAUUCUGAAGAAUGUCAGAGUAAAGGUUUGACAAACCUCUGGAAUACGAUAUGUCAUUGUAGGUGAAAUCGGUAAAACCAUUUGUAACUUGUUUGUAGCUUUGUGAACUUGGCCUUUUAUUUUUGAAGACUUUACACAACCUAAAAUUAAACCAUGCAUUUGAAAUGGUUUCAGUUUUUUGUGAUAUUAGUGCACUAAAGUACUUUUUUCUGAAUUCACCUUUCCUCUUUUAAAUCUUUUGUUUCUACACAAAUCAUGAAAUAAAUAUCCAUUACUUCAGAUAAAUUUUGAAGUUACUGUA